AUGCUAAAUAAUAUUUUAGGUUUUCUUGCACUGCGACAAUGUGAAAGUAAUGUAUGUUUAAAUGGCGGAACAUGCAAAGUAAAUGAACACGAUCGUAGUUUCCAGUGCUUUUGUCCAGCUGAUUUCGAAGGAUUGCUAUGCGAGUCGGAAAAAGUUUGCUCAUUGAAAUGUCAGAACAAUGGAAUAUGUAUCUUUACUGACAAUGGAAAAUCAAAAUGUAAUUGCUUAGAAGAAUUUUCGGGUGAAUUAUGUGAAAUCAGUUCAAUUGACUGCCAAGUUCAAGGCUGUUCAAAUGAUGAAAAAUGUAUAAUAACUGAGAAAGGAAAAUGGCGCUGCAUGCCUAAUCAAUGUAUACCAAAUCCAUGUCAACAUAAUGCAACAUGCAUAUCGGUUAAAGAUACAUUUGAGUGCACUUGCACUGAUGGAUUUGAAGGUGCAUUAUGUGCAGAUGACAUUGAUGAAUGUAUGAACACACCUUGCAAAAAUGAUGCUAUCUGUAUGAAUAACCUUGGCUCAUUUAUUUGUCUCUGCAAGGAUGGCUUCCGAGGCACUCUAUGCGAAGAGAAUACAUUAUGUAAUCCCAAUCCAUGCUUCAAUGAUGGAAUCUGUAGUAUUAUCGAUGGUUUGUAUCAUUGUAGCUGUAGACCUGGUUUUACCUCUAAUCGAUGUCAGGAACGAAUUGAGGAGAAAUGCAAUUGCAAGAGUGAUAAGCAAAUUUGUAUCAAUGGAAUAUGCAAAUGUCCUGAUGGCUUUAUGGGCAAAGAUUGUGAUCAACCGCUAUCAUGGUCAUGUGUAAGAAAUGAAAGCUGUGAGAAUGGCGGUACUUGUCUUGAAACUGCUGGUAGUUGCUUAUGUCCACCUGCUUUCACAGGUAUACGCUGUGAACAUGGGCUUGAAUGCACCGUUGAUGGCAACCCUUGCAUACAUGGCACCUGUAUAUGGUCUGUAAAUGGAGCUAUCUGUAAUUGCAAAAAUGGUUUUGAGGGAAAAAAUUGCGAAAGAAAUGUUUUAGAAAUGCUCGACCCAUGUUUGCACAAAAAUUGUAAUGCAGGUCAGUGCAUAAAUAAGGAUGAUUCAGCAAUUUGUAUUUGUCCGGAAGGGAAUUCAGGCGAAUUUUGUGAAAAUACGGAUAUUUGUAAAACAAAGCCAUGUAUGAAUGGUGGCAGAUGUAUUAUUGACUUUACGAAUACGUCUAACUUUAAGUGUAUUUGUGAUAAACACUUCAGCGGUACACUUUGUGAACUAGCAGUACACGAGACGGAAUGUGUACCGGAGUGUAUCGCAGGUGAAACUUGUGAAGAAAGAGAUGGUACUUUUAACUGCAUUGAAGCUCAAAUAACUUGUGAUGAUUGUGUACAUUCAUUUCGAUGUAUUGAAAAUGAUAAAAAUGCAGUAUGCGUUUGUGAUACCUCGUGGACUGGACUAAAAUGUGAUCGUCAAAUUGAGGAAUGUCAAAAUCUAUCCUGUACCCAAUAUCAGAUAUGUCGAAAUGAGCUUACAAGUUCUGGAACAAUAGCCUCUUGUGGAUGUGCACCAGGCCUAACUGGAAUAGAUUGUACCAUAAAUAGUGCUGUAACAUUUCAUAAUGCUUCAUUCUUUCUCUAUCAAUCAUCAAAUAAUAUUAUCGGAUUACCACAGUCUGAUUAUACAUUAAAGGUUUCAUUUCGGACAACUGUAGAUGAUACGCAUAUCGUAUCAACAGAAGAUAUUUUAAGUCAAAUACAAUUUGCUUUAAACAUACGAAACGGCUAUUUAUAUGGUAACUUCACUGAUUUUGUUUAUCGAAAAUUGUUGCCAUUUGCUGUAAAUGACGAUCACUGGUAUACUGUAUUGUUCAAUAAUACUAAUAAGAUUGUUUUGCUCGAAAUACGCGAAGGAGAUUUUGUUUUAUCGCGUAUAAAAAUGAAGGAACAAAAAAAUAUGGGGAUUUAUUGGACACGGAUAGGUAAAGGUCGAACAGAUGGUUUCAGAGGUUGUAUUCGUGAUCUAUUUAUCAAUGGAGAAUUCAUUGAUAUGCUCAAAUCAGCUAAUGUAUUUGGAGUGGUUAAAGGAUGUCAACGUUCCGAAUUAUGUUCUCCUAAUCCAUGCCAAAAUAGUGGCAUUUGCGUUGAUCAGUGGGAUGAAUUUCGUUGUGAAUGUAAAAAACCAUUCUUAUCACCAUAUUGUAUACAACAAACAGAUGAAGUAACAUUUGGAUAUGAUAAUUUGAAAUCACGUUUGGAAUUAGAUGCAGAACAAAAUUUGGAAGAUAUUAAACUAAAUACAAAUAUUGAUUUCUUGAUGAGGAGUAAUAAACCCAAUGGAACAUUGUUGUAUCUCGGUGAAAAGGAUGAUGAUGAUAAUGGUAUUGGAACCUUCUUAGUGCUAGAAAUUCUCAAUGGUUCUUUAAAUAUACGAACACGUUUGGGAGGCAAAAAAGUGUUCGUAAGAAGUAUAUCAGAUAAAAUCGAUGAUAAUAAAGUGCAUUUGAUAAAUUUAAUCAGAGAUCGGAAUAAUUUCACUAUUACAAUAGAUGACAUGGAAGAAACAAAAUUCAACGUUGAAAAUCGUUUUGAUCAUCCGUUACUAGCAGAUACAUUAAUUUUGGGUAGCAGUGAAAAUUUACCUAUCGAUGCAUUUUCAAAUAAUGACUACUUCAAAGGAACACUACAAGAUUUGCGUAUUAACAACCAUUUGGUUCCUCUUACAACACUACCCGCUGAUAUUAAAAUACAGCAAUUUGGUGUUCCGAUCAAAGAGGAUAAUAUUCUUCAGGGAACAGUGUCAGAUGAUAUUUGCACUCUUUUAAAACCAUGCGUGAAUGGAGAAUGCUUAAAUACGUUUAACGAUUUUGAAUGCAUAUGUGAGUAUUCAUGGGUUGGAAAACAUUGUAAUGAAACUGAUUAUUGUGCACUUUCAUCUUGUAGCGCAAAUGCAACGUGUACUAAUUACAACGGUGGUUAUGUUUGCAGUUCACCAGCAACAUUUGUAUCUACAUCAUUUGCAAAAUUUAAAUUGGAGAAUGGUGGUGCUAUGAAGGAUAUUUCGAAACCCUCACAGAUUAGUUUUGUGCUACGAACUCGUUCAUUAUCAGGUCAAAUUAUUCACUUGAAAACUUCAACUUCUUGGCUAUCUAUCUCACUAAAUGAUGGCUUACUUAUUUAUGAUGCACUGACAAAUGAUGAUAUGAAACAGCAAAGUUUUACAAAUCUGAUAGUAAAUGAUGGUGCAAAGCAUAGUAUCGAUAUCAAUCAAAAUGGUUUAUAUAUCGAUGAGAAGCUUAGUGCCAAGAUUUCAUCGUUGAUCUUACCAAUCAACACAUUUGAUUCCACUGAUAACUUUACAUUAAUAAUUGGACAACGAAAUGAUGAAAUGCCAUCAUUCGAUGGUUGUCUGGAAAAUGUACAAAUUGGAAUAGCUCCACCGAUUUCAUUUUUUGUUGAUAAACAAGCUGGUGGUCUAUUGGAAAGCACCACACAUUUUAAGUUAAUAAAGCGUCGAAAUAUCAUCGAUAAUCGUUGCUACGCUGACGAUCUUUGUGGUUUAGCAAAUCCAUGCAAAAAUGAAGCAAUUUGUCGUGAUUUAUGGAAUAAAAGAAUAUGCGAAUGUAGGCCUGGAUUUACUGGCAUUUUUUGUGAGGAACGAAUUGAUAGAUGUAUAAAUCAUACUUGUAAAUUUGGCAUAUGUGUCAAUGAUGUUGAUGAAUAUAGGUGCGUAUGUUUGCCAGGAUAUGAUGGAGAAUUUUGUGAUAAAGAAAUAGAUUUAUGUAAAUUAUCACCAUGUUUGAAUGGUGGAAACUGUACAUUGUUUAAGGGCAAAUACAACUGUCAUUGUCCAUUUGACUUUGUCGGAUCACGUUGCCAAGCACUUAAAUCAUCCAAAUGCAUUCCUUCGCCAUGUGAAAAUGGAGCGAACUGUACAAUAGUUCAGGAUACAUUCAAAUGCGAUUGCCCACCAGGUUUUGAUGGUAUGCUUUGUGAUAUGCAAAGAGAUAUGUGUGAGUUAAAUCCAUGCAAAAAUGGAGCGACAUGCUUAUCAAAAGAUGGCGAUUUUAAAUGCAUAUGUGCCAUUGGUUAUGAAGGUCGUUUCUGUGAUGAAAUGAAAGAUUACUGUGAUUCAUUACCUUGUGUACAUGGACAAUGUAAAACAAUAACUGAUAAUUUCUUGUGUGAUUGUGAAUCAGGUUGGAGCGGUGAACAUUGUGAUGUUGAUAUCGAUGAAUGUAUACGAUUUCCUUGCGAAAAUGAUGGUAAUUGUACUAAUACACCUGGAUCAUAUCAAUGUAGCUGCGAUAGCUAUUAUUUAGGGGAUCGUUGUGAAAUAGUGGGCAGUUGUGUACAGGGACCAUGUGGUGAUAACGGUAAUUGCAUACAGCAAACAUCAACUGCACAUUCAUGUGUCUGUAGACAGGGGUAUACUGGUGAUAUAUGUGAUAUUAUGAUUGAUUACUGUAGUUCAAAUCCGUGUAUGAAUGGUGCUACCUGCCAAGGGUUCAUCGGUGGCUUCAAUUGCUUAUGCUUACCUGGUUUUACAGGAGAAACGUGUUCAGUGGAUAUUGAUGAUUGUGUUAGUGAAGUAUGCCAGAAUAAUGGAAGUUGUAUGGAUCGCGUAAAUGGAUACGAAUGUAAUUGUGAAGGUACAGGUUAUCAAGGUAACCACUGCACCGAAGAUAUCAAUGAAUGUGAUCAGGGUGUUUGUGUGUACGGUAGAUGCAUCAACUUGAUUGGCUCAUACAAUUGUGUUUGCGAUAUCGGAUAUAUUGGAAAACAAUGCACUGUAGAAGAUCCAUGCAUUCCGGAUGAUCUAAAUCGAACGAGACAUGAUUGUGUGCAUGGUAUAUGCGUGCAUCCUACAGUUAGCAUAAAGAAUAAUAGAGAAGUGGCAAGUUAUGAAUGCAAAUGUGAAUUUGGCUAUGGCGGAGAGCAUUGUAUUCAUUUAAUUGAAAAGAGAAGAUCUGUCUCAUUAGGAUACAUAGUUGGGCCAAUAUUGGCCCUUGUAAUUGCAUUACUUAUCAUUGGUUUCGUAUUAUUGGCAGUAGUAAUGAUUCGUGGACGACGUGCAACUCAGGGUACCUAUAGUCCAUCACAUCAUGAAAGUAGUAUUUCACGAAUGCCGAUGAAUUCAAUGCUCAAAUCACCACCUAAGGAAAGGCUGAUAUAA